AUGAAUUUCGGUCUAUCCACACACUGUACGAGUGCCAAUUUUUUGCCCUCACUGAGUGCAGCGGUUAGUGAAGAACAGCCACAACGAGGCACGUGGCUUGUCGCGAUCGGUAUCAGUUCUCUCCUUCGGCUCGCCCUGAUCCCGUCCGUGAUGGCUAGCUAUUUGGUGACAUUUGGCCGCAUUCUCGGCCGAGCAUACUGUGUCGGAAUACGAUUUCUGUUCAUGAUGAAUUUUGCGGAAAUCACAUUUUUGCUUCUCAUGUCCUCGAUAUCCUCAUCAAGUAACUACGUAGAGGCACAUCGAAACACUCUGGCUGUAUUCGUCCUCAUGUCCGUCCUAUUCAUGACUCUUGAUUCAGCGCUGUUCUGCCUGCUGGCGGAGCACACUGGGAAUUCGUACUUGCGACGUCAGUCUCGGAUUAAAAGAAAACUUCUGAUUGCUUAUUCGUUCACUCUCCUCGUUCUUGCGACCGCUUACUUCGUUCACACCUGCUACUGUCCUCCGUAUGUGUACAGUUUGUUCUCAUUUUUCGAAUACAUUGCCAUCUUCCUGAAUGUGGCAUAUCAUUUUGUGAUGCUUGGCGUGGUUCAUCAAAAGCCGAUCCGCAGCCUGUUGGAUUUUCCGAUCAGCGGGGAGUUUUUCCUGUUCUACGAUGCUCUGUUACCCCAGUAA